GAAGAAAUGAAAAACAGAACAUCUGUGAGAGAGUUUAUUCUUUUGGGAUUAACAAAUGACCCAAAACUAAACAUCUUGGUUUUUAUAUUUCUAUUUCUCACUUACAUUUUGAGCAUUACUGGAAAUCUGACCAUAAUUACUCUCACUCUGGUAGAUUCUCACCUCAAGACGCCCAUGUAUUUCUUUCUUCGGAAUUUCUCUUUCCUGGAAAUCUCAUUUACCACAGUCUGCAUUCCUCGGUUCCUUGUGAGCAUUGUGACCGGGGAUAGGACCAUCUCCUAUAAUUCUUGCAUGGCCCAGGUGUUCUUCUUCAUACUCCUGGGCUCAAUUGAAUUUUUCCUUCUGGCUGCUAUGUCCUAUGACCGCUAUGUGGCUAUCUGUAAGCCCUUGCACUACGCCACAAUAAUGAGCAGCAGGGUCUGCAUCCAGCUCGUAAUCAGCUCUUGGCUGGCUGGAUUUCUCAUCAUCUUCCCGCCUGUGAUCAUGGGGCUCCAGCUGGACUUCUGCGACUCCAACAUCAUUGACCACUUUGCCUGUGACUCCUCUCCCAUGCUGCUCAUCUCCUGCACAGACACAGCCUUCCUAGAGCUCUUGGCAUUCUUUCUGGCAAUAUUCACUCUCAUGGUAACAUUGACAUUAGUGAUUCUUUCCUAUCUAUUCAUCCUCAAGACAAUCCUAAGAAUCCCUUCUGCUGAGCAGAGGAAAAAGGCCUUCUCUACCUGUUCCUCCCACAUGAUUGUUGUCUCCAUUUCCUAUGGAAGCUGCAUCUUCAUGUAUGUCAAAACUUCAGCAAAAGAAGGAGUGGCUUUGACUAAGGGUGUAGCAGUCCUCAACACUUCUGUGGCCCCAAUGCUGAAUCCUUUUAUUUACUCCCUUAGAAACAAGCAAGUGAAAGAGUCCCUUAAGAACUUGGUCAAAAAAUAUGUGUCAAAUAAAAUUUAA